ACAAUGUCUUAGCUCUUUUAUAAGAUCAAGCUAUAGUUUAUCAUAUUGAUAAUAUUUGCCAGCCUUCCUACAUUUGCUUAAUUACACAAUACAAUAUUAAAUGACUAAGCAAAUAUACCAUCUAUUCAUUAGAGUUUCCUUGAAUUAGAAAAUGAAAAGAACCAUGAAACUAUAAUUAAACCUUUAAUAGAUCCAAAAUCAUAUAAAUAUGUUGAAUUAGAAAACUAACUUAAAGUAUUGCUUAUACAUGAUCCAAAUUCAGAAAUUGCUUCUGUUGCUCUUGAUGUAUAAGCAGGAUCUUGGAAUGAACCAAAUGAAUAUCCUGGCUUAGCACAUUUUUGUGAACAUAUGUUAUUUGUUGGCUCUACUAAAUAUCCAAGACCUGAUUAUUUUGAUGAGUUAUUGGCCAAAGGAUCUGGACAUUCUAAUGCAUACACUGAUGCUACCAAUACUAAUUAUUAUUUUGAAAUCACAUCAUUGCAUCUAGACAAAGCAUUAGAUACUUUUGCUCACUUUUUCAUUGAUCCUCUCUUUAGUCAAGAAUUAGUAGGAAGAGAGAAAAAUGCUGUAAAUUCAGAAUAUGAAAUAGAUGUAUCUUCAGAAGAUUGGAAAAUACAAAACUUAUUUACAUUAUUUGCUGAUCCUUAACAUCCUGCAAGUAGAUUCAGUCUAGGUAAUAAUGAGGUUUUUAAAAAAAAGGGAAUUGAAGAUGCUUUGAAAUCUUUUUUUUAAUAAAAUUAUUCCUCAAAUUUGAUGAGUUUGGUUAUUUAGAGUAGAAUAAAUUUAUAAGAUAUGGAACGAUUAAUUAAACCAUUUAAUCAUGUUAAGAAUUCAAAUUUAUAACCACCUCAAUUCACAGGAUUUCCAUAUUAAUUUGGUUAUCUAUGUAAAUAUAAAACAGAAAAAGAAUAAUUAACACUAAAUUGGUAAUUGAAAGGAAGAGAGAAAUUUUCUCAUCAAAAACCAAUUGAAUUCUUAGAUUAUAUUAUAUAGAAUGGAAAUCUUAUUGAUUAUUUAAAAGAAUAAAACUUUAUAAUUUCAAUUUCUUCAGAAGUUUUCAUGGAAGAAUCUUCAUUUACAAAUUAUAUGAUGGAGAUUAUUUUAACUGAAAAAUCUUAGCAGAAAGAAGAAGCAGUAGCUGAAAUUACAAAAAUAAUAUUUAAUUAUAUUUAAAAAUUAGAAGAAUGGCUUUAAGAUGAUGAAUAUAUCAAUUAAACAUUUAAAGAAUAAAGCAAGAUUUCUAAAUUGAAUUUCAAUUAUUUAACUGAACAAUUAGAUACUUCAACUAUGGCUAGAAUUUUGAAUAGGUAGAAACCUUAAGAAGUACUUUCAUCAGAAUUUAUAAUUGACAAUCUUGAUAAAGAUUUAAUAUUAGAUUACAUUCAACAAUUAAUGAAUACUCAAAACUUAAUAAUUUUAAUAGGUAGCAAUUAAUAUUCAUAUUAAAAUGAAAAAGUAGAUGAUAACUAGAGUAAUAAGUAGUUUUUAUAAGAUAAAGUACUUAAUGAAAAAAAUAAUUUAUAUAGAAUUGUAUAUUCUAAACUAAAAUUUGAUGAACAUUUUAUAAAUUUCAUUACUAAAUAAGAUGAGAUAUUACAAAAUAUGUUUGAAAAACCAUAAUAAAAUGAAUUUAUUCCAAAUAAUGUUGAAUUAGUCUCACUAUGUGAAUCAUAAUAAUCUCAGUUACCAAAAAUUGUACAUUCUGAUAAAUUAAAAACAUUAGAUCAAUAGAGUAAAUUGAAUUUGUUUUUAAUGGCUGGUUAAGAUCUUAAUUAAUAUAGUGAUGAAUAAUGCACUUUAGAAGAACAUAAAUAUUAAAAGUAAAAUCAUUAUCCAAUUUUACUAAACAAAGAACAAUAAGAAUGGUGGAAGAGUUAGACAUCUUAUAAAAUCCCAUUUAUUUUUGGAGCAUUAUAAAUGAAAUAUCAAAAAACCUUAACUUUACGAUAAUUCACUUCAUUAAGACUGUAUAAUUUUAUGGCAGAUGAAAUAUUAUCAAAAGAAUUAAAAUUACCAUUAUCAUCUGGAUAUUCUUAUGAAUUGGAUAUGAACAAAAAAACUUAAAUAAAGGUUUAUGGAUUUAGUGAACAUGUGAGAAACUUUUUUAAGAAAAUAUGUUCAUGUUUAAAUCCAUUUAGAGAAAAAUCUAAGAGUUUUCUUGAACUUAAUUAAUAAAAAAGAUUUGAAAUAGCUAAAUAAUCUUUGUUAUUAUCAAUCAAGAAUAUGUAUUAAGAUAAUUUAUUUGAAUAAGCAAUAGAGAUAUAUUUACCUUAACUUUUAUAAAAGGAUUCCCAUAAUCCAAAAAAGGUGAUUGAAUAGAUUAAUUAGAUUUCUUAACAAGAAAUGUUUUAAGAUGUUAGAGAUAUAAUGAAUAAUGUAUAAUAUUCAAGUUUAUUUAUUGGUAAUAUUGAUUAAACUGAAGCAACUUAAUUAUCAGAUGAAGUUCAAUAGUGUGCUAGAAGUAAAGAAUCUACAUUAAAUGAUAAUGAAAUUAAAGAUAAGAUUUAAAUUAUUAAUUUAAAAGGAAAAAAUUUAAUAGAUUCUAAAUUGAUAGAGUCAGGAGAUAAUGAUGAUAUCAAUGGAGUCACAUUAAAUUAUUAUUAAAUAGGAUAAAGAAAGUAAAUGAAUAAGGCAUUAAUGAAAUUAUUAGAACCUAUUCUUAAUUAAUAAGCAUAUAAUUAUUUACGUACUGAUUUAUAAUUAGGAUAUGUUGUGGCAGUUGAACUUAAAACAACAGCCUGUGUUGAUGGAGCUUUGAUUUUAGUCUAAGGAAGUACAGAGAUACCAAUGAAAGUCAAUUUAAUAAUUGAUGAUUUCUUAGAUUAAUUUUAAGUUUAUUUAGAAUAAAUGAAUAAUAGAGAAUUUUAGCAUCUUAAACAUGGUGUUAUUACUGAAUUAAAAGAAAAACCAUAAAGUUUAAGUGAAGAAGGAGAUCGUUUAUGGAAAUAUAUUAGUGCUGGCACCAUUGAAUUUGAAGAUAGAUAAGUUGCAAUUGAAGAAAUAAGAAAAAUAUCAAAAAAUUAAUUAAUUGAAUUUUAUAGAAAUUCAUUCAUCAAUAAUAAAUCGAAAUUAAGUUUACAAUUAUAUGGGUAUUAAUUCAUAUUAAUAAAUAUAGUUAAGGUAUGGUAACACAAAUGAUGAACUUAGAAACGUAGUCUGAGUUUAAUUCAUUUAUUUCUAAUACAAAACCUGAGGAUGUCGAUUUGUUUGAUCCCCUUUAAGCAUCUUAUUAUUAAUGUGAUUUUGAGGCUACUUAAAUUUGA